AGCCACACACACGCAUACUACAGCGUUGUUUCCAUGCAAGGUUUGUUUGGACAACGAAUGAAUCUGAAAUUCCACCGAAACCCGGAACACUCAAAGUAUGGUGACUACAGUGUUACACCUACCAGACUGGACGAAAGCGCCACGGUGAAAGGAAAGUGGGGGGUUUGACACAGGUUUUUAGAGGAGAAAGAAGGUUAGACGGAUUUUCUGGUUUUAACGUUACAGACUUUGCUAGUAGUACGCUAGUUCUCCAACCAGCUCCAUUAGCUUAGCCGGCUAGCAAGCUAACAAGCUGAUAGCGGUACACUCAAGGAAAUGCGGUGCGAGCUUGUCUGGAGAUCUUUAAUUUUGUUGAGAUUUUCAUUUUAGCACUGUCUAAUGUGAAAUGUUGUGGUAGCUUACAAAGUAGUGAGAGCUUGGACAAGGUGAAGUGACAGACGAGGAGGUAACUGUGAGGUUGGGUUGCUCGGAUAGUUAUGAGCAGUUUCAACAUUACAACCAAAACCUCCACGUUGAGCUCUUCUUUGAGCCCCGACAGUAAAGGUUCACCGGUCAGCGUUAACACUACCAACAACAACAAGGAGUGGGAUCUGGGAAGCGAUGUGUUUUCGUGCUGUCACGAGAUGAGUCCCAUGGACGGCGCGAUGCAGGCAGGGAUGUCCUCGGUCCAGUCUGGACUGGACGGACACCUGCCGCUUCUACACGCCAAACACCACAGCACCCAGACCGGGUUGUUGUUGAACCUGAGUUCCCCUGGAGCCUACCUCGACAGCAGCUCUCUGGAGUACAGCGACAACGACGGGAACAACGUUGGUCCGUUGUUCGAGAGGAGAAAGAGGUCGCGGUCCAACAGCUCCAGACACCGCUUCAACGAGGUGGUCACAGAGCUCGGACCUGAGGAGGUGCGGUGGUUUUACAAAGAGGACAAGAAAACUUGGAAGCCCUUUGUCGGGCAUGACUCGCUUAAUAUCGAGCUUAUGUUUCGGAAAUACUGCGAGCUGAACCCUGGUGCAGCAGGCCCCCGGGUCAGCGUCGGGGAGGAAGAGUGCAGUAAUAACCGUGUGGAAAGCAAAGGGCUGAACGGUGCAGUGCCGGUGGAGACGAGGACCAGCAGUGUGCACGGAGGCCGGGGGUCCCUGGACACAUCCACUGUGUCCUCGGAAGAGAGGGACCCUGACAGCAUUGAAAUCAAUGUUGAGCCUGUGUGUGUCCGGGGAGGACUCUAUGAGGUGGAUAUCAAAGAGAGAGAAUGCUAUCCUGUUUACUGGAAGCAGCAAGACCAUAUUUCAGUGAUGAGAGGCCAGUGGUUUAUUGACGGUACCUGGCUCCCUUUAGAAGAAGAGGAGAGUGACCUAAUCGAGCAUGAACACCUGAACCAUUUCCGUGGGCAACAGAUGCAGGACACAUUUGAGACAGAUUUGGUCGUCAGGACCGUCGAUAGCAAAGAUGUUCUCUCCCACCUGCCCCCUUUCUACCUCCCUUUUCUGUUCAAAUGGAGUGGAUAUCAGACGAGUGCUAAAACUACAGGUCACAAGCGCAAACGCUGCCAAGCCAUCCACAGUUUGAAGCUGAGUCGGACCCAUGUGGAUUGGCACAGCGUGGAUGAGGUCUACCUCUACAGUGAUGCCACCACUUCCAAAAUUGCACGCACCGUCACUCAGAAACUGGGCUUCUCCAAAGCCUCCAGUAGUGGUACACGGCUCCAUCGGGGUUAUGUUGAGGAGGCCUCACCUGAGGACAGACCCCCUCAGACUACACACGUUGUCUUUGUGGUCCACGGGAUUGGACAAAAGAUGGACCAGGGACGCAUUAUUAAAAACACUGGAAUGCUGAGGGAGGGCGUCAGGAAGAUGGAGGAGAAACACUUCUCGGAGAACAAUGAGGAGCAUGUGGAGUUCCUGCCUGUUGAGUGGCGCUCCAAACUCGCACUGGAUGGAGAUACAGUAGACUCAAUCACACCAGACAAAGUGAGAGGACUGAGAGAUCUCCUCAACAGCAGUGCUAUGGACAUCAUGUACUACAACAGCCCCCUAUACAGGGAUGAGAUCACCAAGGGCCUAACACAGGAGCUAAACAGACUGUACACACUUUUCUGCUCCCGCAAUCCUGAGUUUGAGGAGAGGGGAGGGAAAGUUUCCGUCGUGUCUCACUCCCUCGGCUGUGUCAUCACCUACGACAUCAUGACAGGGUGGGAUCCUGUGCGCUUCUGCCUGCAGGAGCAUCACGCUGUGGAAGAGGAGCUGGACCUGCGCUGGAUGUCCUAUGAGGAGAGGCAUGUUUUGGACCAGCUACGGCUCACAAGGAAUAGGUUGCAAGAGCUGGAAAAUCAGCUCCUCACACUGGAGGCCUCUAAACCAACAGCACCCCCAGCCCUCAAAUUUAAGGUGGAGAACUUUUUCUGCAUGGGUUCGCCUCUGGCAGUGUUCUUGGCCCUGAGAGGCAUCCGCCCUGGUACCAGCUGCCACCAGGACCACAUCCUUCCCACCUCCAUCUGCAGCAGGCUCUUCAAUGUCUUCCAUCCCACAGACCCUGUGGCCUACAGACUGGAGCCCCUCAUCCUCAAACAUUACAGCAAUAUCGCACCUGUUCAGAUACACUGGUGUAGCGCCACCAACCCCACACCCUACAAUGAGAUCCGGCCAACCUUCCUCAACCCAGUCAAAGACCCAACAUCUGACACUGAGAGCAUUCCCAGCCCGAGCACUUCUCCUGUCCUCCCCCGCAGGCACUAUGGAGAAUCCAUCACUAGUCUGGGCAAGGCCAGCAUACUGGGAGCGGCAAGCAUAGGGAAAGGUAUCGGAGGCAUCCUCUUCUCGCGUUUCUCCCGCUCCAACAGCCAGCCUUCAGUGUCUUUAGGACUCGAUGGAGGGGCAAACACUGAAGAAGAGGAGCAGAAGCGGGCAGAAAGCCAGUCAGCAUAUGGCCUCUCCACCAUGACACGGCCCACCUCACCCAUUACUGACACAACAUUGGAACUGGAGCGGCGCAUCGACUUUGAGCUGCGAGAAGGUCUGGUGGAGAGUCGCUAUUGGUCAGCAGUUACCUCACACACAGGCUACUGGUGCUCACAUGAUAUAGCACUCUUCUUGUUGACCUUCAUAUACAAGCAGAAGACACCCUCUGACCCAGCAGAGGAUACUCCAGAGCCAGAUUGAGAAAGCACAGUCAUUACGACACACACUUGAAUAUAACUUGGCCCCGAAAGGGUGUGUCAUCUUUUUGACAAAACACAAGAAUAGACUUCAUCCAUUUAUUUUUCAUGCACACAAACUGAUUGAACACACUAAUCUCUUUCAUUUAUCUCCCCGUGAUUCAGCUUCUUUAACACUUGGAAAUCAUUACUGACAAACUGACGUCAUUCCAAGAUGUGCAUUUUUGUUUCUUUGUGUUGUUGUGUAGUUUGUACACAAUUGUGCACCCUAAGGGUGACAGUGUUGGACCAGGAACCCCUAAGGAGGUGCACCCUUUGCCAGUAUGACCACAAGUUGCAUAUAAACAUGGAAUAUGAGUCUAAUGAGUUUGAAGCACAGAAAUUUGUUGCACCCAGCAGAAGAAAGUUCUAACUUUGUCCCCAAGUCUUCAACCUUAAGCAACAAAUGCAGCCUGUUGGAAAAGUGUCAAUACAUUUCAUUUUACUGUUUCUAUCCAGCCUCCAUCCCAGUGACUCAGUCUGGAGCCUUGAGACACACUUGCCUGACCCUCGGCCACAGAGGCUUUGAUUCUGUGAUUUUUUUCUUUGAUGUGAAGGAGAGACAAAUAUAAAUGUCAACAACAGUAGUAAACCUUUAUGCUAACAAGCGAAUGCAAUGCCUUUCAACAUUAGCCAAACAAUGUUACACAUGAAGAAUAUUUCUGUUUAGUUUUUUUUCUGAACAAAAACUGAGGGCAUUAUCCCUUUAACAAUGUUUUGGAAGUAUGAAGAAAGACAUAACAAACUUGCUAUAUUUAGUUUGUUUUUCUCCCUCCAUGAUAUAUACCAUAGUUUGUCUCUUGAAAUAGAUAUGCACUAAAUAAAACGAGCGAAUUGCCACUUUUAUAUACUUCACACUAAAACUGAAUUUCCAUUCAUGUUUAGUUUUCAGUAACUAAACAGUUACAGUGACAAGUGUUAAGAAUAAAAUGUCUUUUAUUACAACUGUUACAGCUGAACACCUUUCAGGACAUCCUUAGUUUCCAAGUAAAAAUAAAUGUACAGAGGUUUACAGCCAUAUGAGGCUUGUAUCAUGAUACUUAAACAAGUUGCGGGCAUGUAUAGCUAUUUUGUUACACGCAGAUUAUGAAUCCAGAUCAUAGUCUAAAAAUCUCUUGAUGAUGUCAUUUACUAGACAAGAGGUCUCACUCAAAAUGAUCACACUCACUCAAACUAAUUUCCAUGCUUCUAUAGUAAGGAUGAGGUAUGGAGAGAAUUUUCUGUGCUCAUAUCUUUAUAUUGAUAUCCAGAUGAAAUCAGUGGUACUAGAUGUAUUUUUUCUUAAAAAAAAAUAAGACAUAUUUUUCUUAGCAAUUUUCAGGCUCUUGUGGGUACAAACCUAGAUCUCAUCUCGGGAAAAUGGGAUUCAAACUUGUGGCCAAAUAGCAGUUAUGUGUCUAGCUUAUUAGCUUCUCUACUUUAGUGAAGCUAAGGCAAAUUUUUAUUCCAUAUAAUUGGCCUAAGGUGAAAAUAGAUCCUUUUUUAUUUUGUGGCUUUUGUGAUACACUGCACACAAAAGGUAAUUGUAUCUUGUUCGCCUUUUUUGUGAAUUGGUGACUAAUUCACACUUCCCCCUUUUGAGUCAUUGAUAUGUCAACUUGUUUUUAUUUGUGUUAAAAAUGGGCUUCUUUAGUCUUAAAAACCUAUGUGUUUUACAGUCACUAAACCCGUGUGACUGCCUAAUUGACACUACUUGCAAAUUUAAAUAUGGACAACUAGAUACAGCAAAUACCAUUUUUGUUUUUCUGUCUUAUGUUCUAACAUGGUCCUUUAAAAACACACCCAGUAGUAAUUUUGAAGAAAUUAGAAAGCUUGCUCACUCUGAAUGGUGUCAUUUUAAUACUUAAUGGAUGUUGGAACAAGAAGACCUUGCAGGGAGUGCCAACACACAUCCAAGAAACUGCUUUGUGGUCUUUACCGAGUAGAAAACCACUUAUGAUUGUUUAUGGAUGUCUCGUGAAAUCGUUUAUAAGGCAAUGGCAAUGGAUGAAGAAAUGGAACCACCCUCAAAUUAAUGCUUAUGGAGAUACAUGUGACAGAUUUGAUUACUGUCAGUGUCAAAUUUGCUUGUUGUAAUAGUUAUCAAAGAGCUUAUUUUAGUAUGCUAUGGUGCAAGCUGCUGCUUUUCUGUUACACGCAAUCAAGGGCUGUUUGGAAUUCAAUUUAUUAGUAUUAAAUGUCUGUGUUAUAUGUGCAAAGGCCUACUGACUGAAACCAGGCUGCCUUUCAGAUGACCAGAUAGGUAAUCGGGAAGUAGUGCGGAAGCAGGGACAAGUGAGUGAUACGAAAGUGUUUCUACAUUUGACCUGGUGGAUCUUGCACAUUCAUCAGCUAUGAAUUGCACAGAAAUGAUGUAGAAUCCAGCCCAUCGUUGAUUUUAUGUAUUUCUUUUUUUUUUUUUUUGCAUGUGUUACAUUGCAGCAAGAGUGAAGCAACUUUAACAUGUUACUGGCACAGCAGGAAUGCUAUUUACCUUGGAAACCUUUGAAAUGCAAUGCAAAAUACAAAAACUGUUCCAUUGUUGCCUCUGCAUCUUUAAAUAACACUGUGGAUUCAGACACAGUAGAUACGUAUUGUAGGAGUGUGGAAGGACCCUCGUAACAAUAACAACAAUGUUCCUGCCAGUGUUUGUGAUUUGGCUGCGAGUUUCCAAAAAUGUAUGUGAACUUUGCACAUUUUCCAUGAGAGCAAUUCUUGAUUCAUGCACAAAUUUUUUAACUGUGUUCACUUUGCAUGCUUAAAAAAAAGCAACUAAACUGGAGACAAUUUAAGCGAAUUUUGUCAGUUUUGUCAUUGUAGUUUUGACUACAUGAGCAUUCAAUGCACAGCAUUUUGAAAGAUGACAGUAUAUUUAUUUAUUUUUGUUAAAGGCACCACAAACAUCAGGGAAAUGUCUACUGUACCUUUUUUUGUAGAUUCAACACUCCAGUCUGAAGCCAUCAUUAAGUCAAAAGAUCAAGUGCUGUCACAGGCGUGUUGUCAGUCUUUAAAAUGUUCAGAAGUUGAUAAAGAAGGGCCUAUAGCCAUAUGUAACCAGACAGAAAUGCGCAUUGAAACUUAUUGUGCGUGUUUUGGAUGAAAUGUGUUAAAUUUGUCUCAGAUACCACUGUUGCUCUAACUUUGAAUGGAUGUCUGGCAAAGUGGGUUUUUUUUUGUCUGUCCCUAGAGCUGUGCAAUAACCCAUGCCUGUAAUGGAUUCUAACUGCCAUCCAAAGCACUGUAUUUAUUUCCUUUUAUUAAAGCAUUUCUUUUUUGGA